UUUGGUUGCAUAUGAACAGCUAUCCCGCGCGCGGAUCAUUUGGUUCAUACAUGUUAAGCUUCGAUUACCAAAUGCUUUAGAUGCCACCUCUGCUCCAUGCGUCGACCCCUGCCUGCUUUGCCCAAAAUACUGCACGUCAGCACCAUAUUUCUGUUAGAAGAAAAUGCCACCAAUGAUAGAUAGACCAUGCCGGGCUACCAUUGCUGCACAAUCAGAAUUACUCCAUUGUCCCUCCCAGCUGCAUGCAUCUCAACGGCACACCAAGCUUCCGGGACAGCAUAGCUUUCAGCCUCAACUCCAUGACUCCAUUGCCAAUGCUCAUCAGCAGGAGCUGGUCAGUGUCAAGAUGGAGCCUCCGCUGCAUAGUCAGCAUGUGCUAUCGAACAAGAGACAUCAUAGUAGGUGCAGCUCAGUUCUGUUUGCUCAUCAGGAUAUAUUUAAAAAUGUAUGUCAGCGUUCAGCUGUGUCACAAUACAAUCUCAAUAUUGUUGUUUCGUAGUGUUCUUAUUGAUGCUCACUCGUUCUAAAUUUCGUAUGGUCAGAUUUAACAACAUUCUGGUGCUAUUCACUGCUGGCUUUGAUCCGGAAGUA